CUAACAGACUUUCAGCGGAUAUCUACCGAGAUCGGUGGUGCAUGCCCCGAUCUUCACUCACUCCCUCGAUGCUUACUUAACCUAGAGUCAACGACAUCAACUACGCUGCAUAUCUUUUUACCCCGGAUCGAGAACCACAAAAUCAAUUCAAUGUUAAUACCCAUGCAGUGCUAAUGUCUCUUCCCCAUGGCAAUGGCGAAUUCUUACGACUGAAUGACUUCGAUCACCUUGCCACUUGCGUUCGCUUUCCGUCAUAUAGAGCCGUGGCACAUUUGAACACGCCAUUUGGCCACAUAUGAGCACUACAUCAAGGCAUACUUUACGUCGAGAAUCGUUCGAUUCAGAGACUGAUUUUCUCUUCUCCUUCUCGCCGUAUCUGUCUAUCUAAUACGAAGUGCGUUAUUUCAACCAAAUCCAAGAAACAAAUCAAAAUGUCGGCAUUCCAGAAUCUCGAUCCCGCCGGAGUUUCGCCUGAAGACCGCAUCAAUGCUCUUCGGGGCUACAAAGCCACAAUAAAUAACCCUCGCGUCUCUGAAGAAGCGAAGCAGCAUGCACACGAAAUGAUCGAUUCUCUCGGUGGUGAUCAGCCGCGCGCUGAAAUGAAACAAUUCGAUCAGCAACAUGAUCAGAAUCGUGUCGCGGGUGGACUGAAGGCGUAUGUAUUUGCUCUUAUUAUACUCUCAGACAUGGAACGUUGGAUGUGCUGACUGGUAUAGAUCACUUUCGAACCCUAGAGUUAGUCAGCAGGGCAAGAAUCAAGCGCAGGAGAAGCUUGAUAAGUUGAGCGGUCCAUCUGAGUAGAUCCGUCCAGGAUCUUUGUCAAGUUUCGUUUAGAUCGUUAAUCUUUAUAUGUAGUUCUGAGUUUCGAAAUAUCAUGAUGAAUGCUUUUUUUUU